AUGCUGAAACAGAUACUGUCGGAGAUGUACAUAGAUCCCGAUCUGCUGGCAGAGCUCAGCGAAGAACAGAAACAGAUCCUGUUCUUCAAGAUGAGGGAGGAACAGAUCCGCCGGUGGAAAGAAAGAGAAGCGGCAAUGGAAAAAAAGGAGUCUGUGCCAGUGAAAUCCAGACCAAAGAAAGAGAACAGCAAAUCUGUGCACUGGAAACUGGGAGCCGAUAAGGAAGUCUGGGUCUGGGUGAUGGGCGAACACCAUCUAGACAAACCCUACGAUGUGCUCUGUAAUGAAGUUGUUGCUGAGCGCGCCCAGCCAAAAGCAGAGCAGGAAGCAGAAGAGCUCAGCGAAACUCAGUCCAAAGAAUUCACCAAUAGCUUGACCACAAAGUCACACUACUGUGAUCUUCAGGCACCAGAUACCUGGGAGUCUCAGGACAUCUGUCAGAAAGCCGCAGAAGAGGAGGAAUCGGGACCAGGCUCGCAAGCAGCACCACCCCUUAACGAAGAGAAAAUGCCAUCACCCUCCAGUUCCUCAAGAAAUAUUCAACAAAUGUUGGCAGAGUCUAUCAGUCGUAUGAAGACAUAUGGAUUUCACCAGAAGAAAGAAUCCACGAAGAAAACACCAGAGGAAGAAAUAAAACAAAUAGAUGAAGAGAGAACCAAGCAGAUUUAUAAGAGCUGGAAGGAAGAUUCCGAGUGGCAGGCAUCUCUGCGAAAGUCCAAAGCAGCUGAUGAGAGGAGACGCUCCUUGGCGAAACAGGCUCGGGAAGACUACAAGAGGUUAUCCCAAAAAGGAAGAAGCGGUGAGGGACCGCAGAGCCCCCCAAGCAUUCCACCGAAACCAAAGAGACCCCCCCUUCCACCCAAGCCGAAAUUCCUAAGCCCAGCGGAAUACCCUCGAAAACCUUUUAGAAAUCAGGGAGUGACAAGGACAGCAUCCAGCUCUGCCCAGGAGGACAUCAUCCGAUGGUUUAAGGAGCAGCAGCUACCUCUGCGAGCAGGCUACGAGAAAGCAUCCGACACCAUAGCUCCCUGGUUCCAUGGAAUUCUUUCACUGACGAGAGCGAAUGAACUUCUGAGCACAUGCGUGCCAGGCAGCUUUCUGAUCCGAGUCAGCGAAAGGAUCAAAGGCUAUGCCCUGUCCUACCUGUCUGAGGACGGCUGCAAACAUUUCCUCAUUGACGCCUCUGCCGACUCCUACAGCUUCCUGGGCGCCGACCAGCUGCAGCACGCCACCCUGGCCGAGCUGGUGGAGUACCACAAGGAGGAACCCAUAACUUCCCUGGGGAAAGAGCUCCUCCUGUACCCCUGUGGUCAGCAGGACCAGCCUCCCGACUACCUGGAGCUCUUCGAGUGA